AUGAUCGAAUAAUUUUAAGUUCAAGGAGCCAAGGACAAGUAUAUUGUCUAUAAUAAAGUCUUGGGAAAGGGGGCCUACGGGGUUGUUUUAUUGGCAAAGGCUGCUAACUUAGGGAGUUAUCACGCUGCUAAAAUUGUAAAUGUUUUUAGUAACUUCUUAAGAUUAGUAAAAAAUCUCUUUCUUAGACAGACAUUUUCAAUUUAAGAAAUGAAAUUAAUAUAUAAUCCAAGUUGGCCCAUCCAAAUAUUGUUGCAAUGGUCGAUGCCUUCGAAGACAAUGAAUAUUUAUAUAUGUUGCUUGAGUAUUGCAAUGGAGGAUGUCUAUUUACAAACAUACAGUUAAGUGGGCCUCUAAGAGAGGAGAAAGCUUAGCAAUAUUUUGUGCAAAUUUUGAAGGCUGUCCAAUAUUUACAUUCAAAGAAUAUUUUACACAGAGACAUAAAGGUAAAAAACUUAGAAUAUUGAAAUAGCUGUCAAAUUUGCUUUUAACAUCUCAAGAUCAAAUUAAAUUAGCUGAUUUCACUUGGAGCACAUCUCUUUAAGGAGGAUACGUUGGUCCUCAAAUUUGUGGAACACUUGAGUAUAUGCCACCUGAGGUUUUGGGAAAUAAGGUCUAAAAUGAAAAACUAGACAUAUGGAGUUUGGGAAUUGUGUUAUAUGUAUACAUCAAUAAAUAAUAUUAUAGGAAAUGCUUCACAAUGA